GAUUGCCCAGCACUCAGCCCAUCCGACUCGAGCUCAAGACUAUCUCGUCGCCGCUGUCGCCGUCGUCGAGAUACGCCCUCCAUCAAGGCCUGAAGCAUGAAGCUCAACAUCGCCAACCCCGCAACCGGGGAACAAAAGACGAUCGACUACGAUGACGAGAAGAAAUACCGUGUCUUCUACGACAAGCGGAUCUCGCAGGAGGUCCCUGGCGACUCCCUCGGCGACGAGUGGAAGGGUUACGUCUUCCGCAUCACUGGUGGCAACGACAAGCAGGGUUUCCCCAUGAAGCAGGGUGUCCUCCUUCCCUACCGUGUCCGCCUCCUUCUCUCGGACGGCCACUCGUGCUACCGCCCCCGCCGCACUGGUGAGCGCAAGCGCAAAUCCGUCCGUGGAUGCAUCGUCGGCCCCGACAUCGCCGUUCUCUCCCUCGUCAUCGUCAAGCAGGGCGAGAACGACAUCCCUGGCCUGACGGACAACGUCCUCCCUAAGCGCCUUGGUCCCAAGCGUGCGACUAAGAUCCGCAAGUUCUUCAACCUGUCCAAGGAGGAUGAUGUCCGCAAGUACGUUGUCCGACGGGAGGUUACGAGCCAGAAGAAGGAGAAUGCCAAGCCCUACACCAAGGCGCCCAAAAUCCAACGUCUGGUCACCCCCAUCCGUCUCCAGCGCCGCCGUCACCUCCGCUCCCUCAAGCGCCGCCGGAUCGAGCGCCAGAAGGAGCAGAAGGCCGAGUACGACGUUCUCCUUGCCAAGCGGAUUGCCGAGAAGAAGGAGAAGGCUGCAGCCGUCAAGGCGUCGCACAAGAAGGCUGCCGGUGCUGCGUAAAACGCCUGUCAGGGGUGCAUCCACUUAUCCUAUGCGGUCGCAUGUUGUAUGGUUUUACGUAUAGUCAUGUCUUUUGCUCUCCCUCACACCAUUACCCCUGCAAUCUCAUACAUGCGACUAAAUGGCGACGUGUACUGCUUGUCUGUGAGAACCCCACACGAUGUUGCAUAUCAUCAGCUCGUUACUUUCAUGGUGUUAGAUGACCGGGGCGUACCUCACAGUGUUUUUGUACCAGAGUCUGCAAAUUUGAGCGGGCUAGGAAGUAUGCGCCUGACAUGUUCGUGUCGUCUUCAGUC